AUCAGCCUAACAGAGCAGUUUCAUGUUCUGUUUUUGAGUGGUCAUUUCCUUUACUGAGUGCCUGUAAGAACCACCCACUUGGAUGUUUCUCAGGAUUAUAGGUUUUUAGGUCAAACAGAAACCAUGGGGGAUGCCUGAAAAAGCAAAACACAAGCAGCUCCGUUCUGCAGGAGCUGGAUGACGUCAACCUGACUGCCUUUGUGUGCAGCCCAAGCCGCUGUGCCCAGGCUGUGCAAGUUUCCCACACUGUGCAUCCAGGGGCACAAGCAACCAGGAGCAUGCGUUAGUCUGGUUAAUAGCUUUGCUCCUAAGUCGCUGCUGCAGCUGAAGGUUUUCUGGUGGCUGAAGUCUUCACAUGAGAACCAAACAUGGCCUUGCUUGCUCCUUCAUGGAUUUCGGAAGCUUGAAUAGUGGGCACUCGAUGCUUUCUUUUUUCUGUUGUUGUCCUCUGGCAGUUCCACAAUGGAUGAGAGACAAGAGCCUCUGGCCAUGACUGUACAUCUCCUUGCCAACUCAGGGCAUGGCUCGCUCCUGCAGCAAACUCUGGACCGGCUCCUGGAUUGCAUUUGCCCAGAGGUUCGUCUCUUUCUGGUGUCAGAGCGGGUCAGUCCAGUGAGAUACUAUGAAAAGUACCACCCCAGGCGGUCCCGGUUCCCGGGGAUGUCUGUUCUGCUCUUCCUGCACGAGACCCUGGGAGAGGAGCGGAUAUUUCGUGUUCUUGACUCCCUACAGCGUUCGCCUUGGCAGUACUACCCCACCCAGAACACACAGGGAAGACUGUGCCCGUACAUCCUUGCCAAUCAGGAUUUCUACAGUCUGGACAACCAGAUGCCUGUCUGGGGAGUGCGGCAGGUGCACUGUAGCACCGAGGUCCUGAGGGUGACGCUCUACUGCAGUUUUGAUAACUAUGAGGACUCCAUCAGACUCUACGAGAUGAUCUUGCAGAAAGAAGCCACCUUGCAAAAGAGCAACUUCUGUUUCUUUGUGCUCUACUCCACUGAGGGCUUUGCUUUGCAGCUCUCUCUGAAGCAGCUGCCCCUUGGGGUGUCGGUGGACCUGAAAGAGUCUUCGGUGCUACAGUUCAAGGUUCAAGAGAUUGGCCAGUUGGUGCCUCUGCUACCCAAUCCGUGCAUCCCCAUCAGCAGCACCAGAUGGCAAACUCAGGAUUAUGACGGCAACAAAAUUCUGCUGCAGGUCCAGAUGAAUCCAGGACUUGGUGCUAGGAAUGGUGAGUUUUCCUCACUGAAUGGCACUUCUGGGGCCGACAUGCUUCUCCAGGGCUCCAGGCUAGUCCCUGUCUCUGCAAAGAGGACCCUAGAACCAAGGAGCUGGAGGAGCGGGGUCAGGAGGUCCAAGGUGGGUUCUCUGGAGCUUCCUGAACCCAGUGGAAGCCUGAUGUCAGACGGCUCUAGUGGCUCUUUGUGGGACAGCCCUGACUGGUCAUCCCGGGCCAGCAGCCCAGCUACAGGUGCCCAGCUGCAUCUGCCUUCUCCCCUCCUCACAUCUGCGGCCAGAAUGGAGGUCUUCAACCAAAGGAACAGCUUUCAGAAACUUGAGGCAGAGACAAAUGUUGACACAGGGUUCACUGUGGUCAAUCCUGAACCCAGGCAAUCUUCUCUGAGGAGAUUUCCCAGGGAUUUGCAGAAAAGCCUGCCUCCACCCUGCUUGCCAGCUUCCUCCGUAGUGGAGGCUGCCUCCAAAAACAAUGGAGUCUUUGAGGAAAGGAUCCAUCCUUUGUCACUUGGUGGCCAAAGGGACCUUGAUGCAAGGAAGAUAAUCUCAAAAUGUCCUCUUCAUCUACCAGUUCCAGGGGAAGAAAAAGAAGGGGAAGAAGAAGAAUUCUUUAUAUAGUAUAAAACAUGUGGUUUUCCAAAACACAUGAUCAGAUACAAUUUUCUAGAAAUGGAGAAGUGGCCCACAAUAGGAUGGUUUUUUGUUCAUCCAAGUGCUACCCGAGACACAGAACUGUACUGUUUUUAUUUCAACUGUUAAAAGACUAAAGGUGCUGUGAGUGGUUGUUUAUUGCCAUCACAGUUGUAAGGGACCACAGCUAACACAUAAGGAAAAGCCUAACACCUUGUAUUCCCUGGAGAUGUACUAACCCAGCUUGGUGUGUCGAGUUCAGCAUCUCUCAGGAUAAUUGCAUUUUAUGCAAAUGAUCAUAUUGUUUUGCAACACUCAUUAGUGUAUGUAAUUUGGUUUUCUUUUUACUUGCGUUGCAUAGCUCAUUCCCCUGCCUAGCACUAUAUAUUUAUUCUUUAGUGCUUUUUAAUUUUGAUGUGGCCUCUUUUGGAAACUAGGUCCUGUUCACCAUAUACUCUCUUGUGAUUUUGCCUUUAAAGUUGUUUGCAUUUGGAACAAGUUAAAAUGCAAAGUGCCUUGAAAAUUACAAACUUUUUUUUUUCCUGUUAAAUGAGCAGAAACACUGGAAGCUAGAAAAUCUGGUUAGAAAUGAAAACUGGGCUCUAGGGUUUUCCUGUGCCUCCAUUUCUCAUCUGUUUCUGCACUACCCCAGAGGGGCCUGUGGUUUGUGAGAAGAUUGCAGGCUGAUUGGAUGAUUUGAACUCUCCACCGAGGACAGCAGGAGGUUUGGAUUAUUGCAAUCACUGGAGCAGGACGUGGGUUCUUCUGGUCAUAUUUGAUUUCUCAAAUUCCUUUGAAAUAGUCAUUCAUUCAUUAAUUUAUAUACUCAUUUAUUCAUUCAACAAAUAUUUAUCGAAUGCAUAGUUUUGAAUAAGUCAUUGCGCAUGUGACACAUAUUUAUCCUGUGACCAUUGAGCCCCAAAAUUGUUUAUGGUUUUGCCGCCAUGAUAAAUCUAUUCUACCAACUCUUAGAAAGAAAUCCAAGCUUAUUCCUCUAGAAACCUUCCAUGAUUGACUCCCACACUUGCAGCACAAGGUAUAAUAUGCAUUCAUAACCCAAAGAUGGAUACUGGGCAUAUUAUGAAUUGCAAUUAUAAUCAUAAUGGUCAAAUUCUUGGUUGCCCAUAUGCUGAUAUUUUUGGCUGGGUCUGUUACACACAUUUAAAAAUCUGAAGGCUAUGUGUUUCAGAUAAUUUGCAGGGUUAUUGGACUCCAUGAACUUCAGUCCCUAGGAAAGAUGUUGCAUCGGAGUAUAGGUGCUGAUUAGCUGGACUGUUUGAAGACCUGGAUAUUUACUACACCCAAUUGGAGAGAAGGUUGAGUCCUAGCCUACAGAUGAUUUCUGGGGCCAUGGGACUAGGUUAAAAGUCUGUGUCACUCCCCAGCUAACAGAAUAGAAAUAGAGGAGAGUUGCAAAUGGACAAAGACAGGAAGAAUAAAUUGAAUGUUUUUUUGUCCUUACUAUGUCAAUAUAUUCUCAUUGCCAUUUUAUUUCUAUCUCUGGGUUAAACUUAGAUCUUAGAAAAUGUAAUGCAGAAUUUAAUAUGGUUUUCUUCAAUAAGAGAUAAAAAAUUAGCCUUAAGCCAAUCUAUUGAGUUGCUUUGAAAAGCACAGCAGGAUGAACUUGGGAAGUUUCCUUCCCACUUCUUUUGAGAUGAUCUGAAUUUCUUCAACAUAAUACAUGGGUAAGAAUAUAAGUACAUGGAAAUCACGAAGAACAUUGAGAAAUUUAAAGGAGUACCUUACAAAACUGACUUGAGAAUAAUACAUUCCUAAAAGAUCACCUACUUUAUCCUUUAACUCAACAGUUAUCAGUUUACAACAUGAUGGGAUGAAAAUACCAGUGGAUUGGGUAGGAGAGGCCUAGAUUUUGGUCUCAGCUUCUAAAAUUACUAUUUCUGUGACCUUGAAUGUGCCAGUGUCUUCAAUUCUCUGAUGCCUUAUCUACCAUAACAAAAGGUUGUUCUGAGAAUCAGAAGUAUGUAUAUGAAAGCAUUUGGAUAUUGUUAAGCACUAUACAUGUAUGAGGCUGUGUUAAUAUUACAAAUAGUCCUUCAGAUUCAUGUUUUAAAAAUGUCAUGGUAACCAAAGAUUUUUUUUUGAAAACAAGUUUUAGUAAAAUCAGUGAUACAGUAACAACAACAAACACCAACCCAACUCUCUAAGAUUGUUACUUUGUUUGCCGUUUGUUUAUGUUCAUCCCUCUCAGAGAAAAAUUAUGUAUAAGCAAAUAACCCAAUAUAUAGUGGUUUAAAAGAGAUUGUGCACAACAGAGACAACUAUCAAAUAGUUAUCCAAUUUUUCAAAUGUCAGACUCUAAUUAACUAAUUAUACUUGGUUUCUUAAAGGGUAAAAUUUAUCACCUUUUAAAUUUGAAGGACUUCUGAUAAUUAGAAUAUUUUGUUUUCUUUAUAAACAUAUUAAAAAUUGGUUG